AUGAAAAGAAGAGGAAAUCAUUAAGUUAUUGAAUAAGAUUGCGAUCAAAAAUUACAAAGUCGAAAGUAUUGGAAAGAGGAAGAGGACAAUAAAUUGCAGGCUGCAGUUUCUAAACACGGUUCAAAUUGGAAGCUGAUUGCUGAGUUUGUUCCGGGUAGGAAUGCAUCCUAAUGCGCUUAAAGAUGGAAAAGAAUAAAACCAAAAGAAGUAAGAAGAUUUAAAUAAGGGUAGAAUGAAAGAAAUCAAAAGUGGACUGAGGAGGAGGAUAAAGAAGUAUUGAGACUUACAAAAAUUUAUUAAUUUAACUGGAAAUAAAUAGCUAAUGAGAUACCCAAUAGAACUGGCAGAUAAAUAAGAGAGAGGUAUGUUAACCAUUUAGAUUCCAAUAUCAUAAAAACGCCUUGGACUAAGUAGGAAGAUAAAAAGAUUUGGGAAAUGUAUUAGAAGAUGGGUACAAGAUGGUCAGAUAUGUCAAAGAAAAUGCCUGGAAGGCCUGAAAACAUGAUCAAAAAUAGAUUUUAUUCAUUUAUAAGAAAAUAAUAUGGAAAAGUGUAGAACCCUUAUUAUAUCGUACCUAGUAAAGUGAGGGUUUUGGAUGAGGAAGGAUUGAAAUAGAGUCAGGGAAUGAAGAAAAUAAGAAAAUUCAAGAAAAUUUAAAAAUCAUUCAAAAUGGAAGAAUAAUAAGAGGAAAUGCCAAAAGGAAUUCUUCAGGAAAACAAAUAAUAGCAAAAGUAACCAGAGUCUCAAUGUUAAUCAAUACCAUUUACAUAGUUUUAAACUUAAUAAUCUUAGUAAUAGCAAUAAUAAAUGUAAUUUUCUUAAUCACAAUUCCCCUCAUUGUAACAUUCUCAAAUAUAAUAAUCACAAUUCCCGUAAAUAAUAGACCCCUUUUCAUUUUUUUAAGAUUCCAUAAGAUCAGACUCUUACAGAGUAAAUUAAUACCCUGAGGCUUUGAAGCAGUAUUAAGAUUUUUAAAAUUGGUUAAAGGAAUCCUUAAAGUCCUCAUCUGAUCCUGAAAUGAAUCGAAUGUACAAGUUUGAAACUCCCAUGAUGAGUUUUUUGUAUAUGAAUCCCAGUUUGCUCCACUCAAUCUAGUAGUAGCCCAUAGUUAUGAAGGAGGAAGAGAAUGACAAGUUGUUUGGAGGGAUAGAAUCCUCGUUGCCAGUUUAAAUAAGGGCUGAUAUAUUUGAGGAAAUGAAGAAAACUACUGGAGAAACGCAUUAGCAAUAGUAGAUUAUAAAUCAUCACUUAAAGUAAUGA